UAUCGUAAUUAUAUGCUAAGCUUCAUAAAACAACACUAAGAAAAUCUUUAAACGGAAAAACUGUUUUUUGUAAACUUUUCUCGUUUUCUACUUUAGGUUAAUAACAGACAAUUUCGACAAUUCCGAUGGCUCAAUGUCAGCAAGUUCCUAUGGAAGGCCAAUACGACGCUCCAACGAAACAGUUAAAUGAGCAACAAUUAUGUCGAGUCGCUGAAGCUAUUGGUAGGAACUAUGAACUUCUCGCGAUUGAGCUAGGUAUAACAGAAGUGGAAUUAGACAGAAUAAUGGGUGAUUACAGUACUACCAUACAGAAGGUUCUUGGGAUGCUCCGACUUUGGCAGAGAAAAUUAGGAGAAAGGGCAACAAUGGAUGUACUUUAUAACGCGAUUAGCAGGAAAAAGGGCGUUGUCACGGUCAAUAAUGCAAUUUUAGAAGAAGUGAUUUCAGACAUGUCACGUGUGGUAUCACUUAGAUAAUUUGUUCUAUUGGAAACACAUCAACUUCAUUGAUCAUUAAAAUACUAAAUUGUCCUGAAAGAAAAAUGAACAAUUCUACUUUUCAAUGUAUAACACUAGCUUCGUAAUUCAAUAUAGCAGACAUGAUAUAGAUAAUUAUACAUAGAAAAAUAAUAUAGAAGAAAACUGUUUACGUAAUAUUAUGAAUAAUUUGUGUUAGAUGAUCCAAGUGAAUUUGUUGUAAAAUAAUCUGAGAUAGAUUGUGCAAAUUUUACUAUAUUUCAACCUGCAAUGUCAUAUUCUUCGUGAAAAAGCCAGUCUUAGCAAGUAGCUUUUGGAGAAACUCUUUUAAUCUCAUUUGAGGCAGUUUUGACGGUCACACUUUUAAGUUCCAUUUUGAUUUUUUGUCAUAAAAAUUGAAUUAUCAUUUUUAAGUUUUGUCAUUGAAUAUAUCGGUUUGUAAUAGUAUAUGUAAAACGAAGCAAACAUAGUAUAAACAAUGUAAAGAAUUUUAAAAAAAAGUUUUUAGAAUAUGUAAGAAUUUUCUUGUUUGAAAAGAGCAUAUUUUUUUUCGCAAGUUAAAACCAUUUACGUUCAAUUAUGCAUAAAAUGUCUGUAAGCAUCUAUAACAAAUCGAUUCUUACCUCUUUCAUUAGCUGAACAUCAUCAUAUGUUGAAUAGGAAUAAGGAUAGAAGACACUUCCACAGAUUUCCAGUCAUUAUAAGCCUAGAUCAUGGACAAUUGAUUGACUUAUUGAUCCUUAGAAAUGAAUAUUCUUGAAUUAUUGUUAAAUUCAAAGCGUCAAACAAUUUUACAUCAACUUUUAGAAAAUAAAAAUAUUUUUAGAAAAAUAAUUGACAUACUGUUAUUUAGAAUUGUAUUGUGAUUUGUGUUGGAAAUAAAACUGAUCAUAACCACA